UUCUCUCUGUCGCUUCGGCCGAAGCAGGAAAACCGAGCCGCGUUUAGUUUGUUUCCUCUGUGGCCGUUUGUUCGCCUGCUCGCCGCCGCGCUCUCCGCUUGUUUGUGAACUGCUUUAAAGACACCAGAAACAUGCCAAUGGAGGCUUGCUGACCAAAAUGGCUGGGCGCAGUGAAAUGUGAAAUAUUCCUGCUAAGGUUAUCCUUUCUGCACGCGACGCGACUGUCACGCGAACCCAGCGGCUAAAACGCAUUACUCAAGUUAAGAAAAGUUGCUCCAAUUUGACGUGCAACAUGUCUGAUUUACUGAGAUAUAUCGACUAUGACCACAAAGCCACCUUUCUGAAGAUGCUCAAUCAGCAGAGGAUGGAAGGGGAGCACUGUGAUGUGGUGGUGGUGGUGGAAAACAUAGAGUUCAGGGCUCACCGCUGUGUCUUGGCAGCCUGCAGCAACUACUUCAAAAAGCUCUUUAAGAAGCAGAGCGACGAGGACAACUCCAUCGUUGAGUUGGACUUCAUCCGCUCUGAUAUCUUUGAAGAGGUGCUCAAUUACAUGUACACAGCCCGGCUCGCCGUGAGGAAGAAGGACAUCAAUAUGAUGAUGUCAUCCGGCCAGAUCCUGGGUAUCAACUUCCUGGACAACCUGUGUACCCAAAAACGUGAGCUGACCAACAUGAAGACCCGGGAGAACCAGGCGCCGGGUGACCACGGGAUGCGAGCUCAGGACGCCAUCCUGAAGGAGCUGGCGAUGGAGGAGGUGAGGAAGAACAGCUUCUACGAUCAGGGGAUGGAUGGCAUGGGGCCCGGGGGCUCUCACGUGUCUCAGCCGCACAACUAUAACACCAACAUGAGCAAAGAUCCUCACAGCCACGGCUGGGGCUCCUCUUCCUCCAGCGACAUGAAGCUGGAGUACCUCCUGUACGGCCACCGUGACCACGGCUCCUGCCAGAGCACAGGUGCCAAGCCCAUGGACCACAACGCCAAAAAGGAGCGGCUGCUCACCGCCAACCGCCCCUACGCCUGCGAGCACUGCCCCAAAGCCUUCACCACCGCCGCCCACCUCAAGGAGCACCUGAAGAUCCACUCGGGCUUCAAGCCUCACCGCUGCGUUGUGUGCGGCAAGGCCUUCAUCAGGGGCCCCGACCUCAAGAGGCACGAGAGGGUCCACAGCAACGAGAGGCCCUUCGCUUGCCAAAUGUGCGAAAAGGCCUUCAAGCACAAGUCCCACCUGAAAGACCACGAAAGGCAGCACCGGGGCGAGCGACCAUUCAACUGUGGCUCCUGUGACAAAGCUUUCAUCAAAGCGUCGGAUCUGAAGCGCCACUGGAACACCAUGCACAGCGGCAACCCCCGCAGACAGAUGUCCCUGUCCCCCGCCGCGUCCCAGCACGGCCAGGCAGAGGCCACUGACCAGAGAGACUGGAAAAUGGAGACCGGGCCACACUCGCAUAACUCGGGGGACUGUUGAGUCUACAGACACACCAAAACACACUCAUACUGACACACAGAUGCACAUACAUCCACAACAGUCACUUAAAAAAAACAUGUAAACACACUGACACAACCACGACCCUGUGACAGGCCGCGGGCCUGACAUCACAUGGACAAUGAUCAGAGUGAGUAACGAGAUCAUAGCAUGUUCAUAAGACUGUGGGGCUGUAUUAUUAUUAUUAUUAUUCUAAAGAGUUAUGUCGAAACGAUGUUUUCUUUCCACCUGUAAAAUCAUGUAAAUGUUUAGUUCACUCUACUAUACAUAUAUUUUUCACAAAGCAUCGUUGCUAUCUAGACUGGGGGUUCUCAUAACAUUAUUCUCUUUUACUUUUAUGGGAUAUGUAACAUUUAAAUGUUUGUUUAACCUUUAAUGGAUUUUAUGGAGAUAAAAGAGAGAAACAGAGCUCGUUGGGGGGGAUCGGGGAAGAUUUUUCUGCAUAACAUUUGUUGCAUUGAGUAUAUUCAUGUGGAUGUUUUUAAUGGAUGUGUUUAGUUGUAUUGAUUGAUAUUACACUGUAAGAGUAAGAGUCACCAUUUUGCAUUUGAUGCAGAUGAUACCAAAGUCUUGGGCUUUUGACGGAUUGUCUUUAAAGGCUGUCCUGUCCAAGCAACCGGCCAACUAGAUUUACUGUUAUACAGUAUAACUGUCAUCCAGCUAUCACAGUUAAUGAUAGAUGUCUGUAUAUACUGUAGCUUAGUUUGUUGCACAAUUAGAGUACACAAUAAUGAAUUAUGCACAUAUAACAUUGUCCUACUCCAACACUUUGACAAUAAACACCAUUUGCUGUGUUUAA